UGGGGAGCUCAAAUUGCAGCUACAAACUGGCUGGCAGCCAGGGGCCGUCUAUUUAAAAGCGCCUGCUCGACCGGAGCCGGUAGUCUCUUUGGAAACUUCUGCGGGGGUAAAAGAGCUAGGAAGAGCUGCAAAGCGGUGUGGGGUUUUUCCUCUUUUUUGCUCCUUCUAGUUACUCCCUCCUCCGUUUGCACCCUUCUCCGGGCUUCACGCAGAACCUGCGAAUUUCGAAGAGGUGGUGGCAGAGUGGGAGAAAAAAAGGUGUUAGGGCUUGGGAUUUUAGGUUUGUUGUUUUUUUUUUUUUUUUCUUGAUUUCAACAUUUUCCCCCACCUUCGCGGCUGCAGCCGCCGGCUCCUACCUGUUCCGCGGCAGAUACGUGCAGCUAGCAGCUGAGGGUUAGAAAGGAGGAGGGUGUACUUUAAAUUUUAAACAAAUUUUUUUUAAAUUUUUCUGCCCUCAUCCCGUCUCCUCCACAGCCUCCGAGCUCAUUAUUUCGGUGGUUGCUUUGGGGUGAACAAUUUGGGGCUUUUCCCCCUGCAGUUCUGACCAGGUCGGGCUUGGAAGGGUUGUUUCUUCGACCCCACUCCCUGCGCAUGCACCUGGCGCUCCUCUUUUCCCCCCAACCUGUUGCAAAUCUUUAAUCCUUGCAACUAGGACUUGCCUCUGCAGCCCUCCAUCUCUCCCCACAUUUUGCAAUUGUCUGGGGGAGGUGACCUGCUCUACCUGCCAGAAAUUUAAAAAAAAAAAAAAUUCUCCGGGCGCCCUCCUGGCCCCUUUCUCCCAGCACUCUCGCUCUUCUGCCCCGCCCCAAGGUAAAGGGAGAGAUUCGGAGAAGAUGGUGCUCACCGCGGUCCUCCUGCUGCUGGCCGCCUGUGCGGGACCGGCCCAGGGCCUUGGCUCCUUCGUGCACUGCGAGCCCUGCGACGAGAAAGCUCUGUCCAUGUGCCCCCCCAGCCCCUUGGGCUGCGAGCUGGUCAAGGAGCCGGGCUGCGGCUGCUGCAUGACUUGCGCCCUGGCUGAGGGGCAGUCGUGCGGCGUCUACACUGAGCGCUGCGCCCAGGGGCUGCGCUGCCUCCCCCGGCAGGAUGAGGAGAAGCCGCUGCACGCGCUGCUGCACGGCCGCGGGGUUUGCCUCAACGAAAAGAGCUACCGCGAGCAAGUCAAGAUCGAGAGAGACUCUCAAGAGCAUGAGGACCCGACCACCUCCGAGAUGGCGGAGGAGACCUACUCCCCCAAGAUCUUCCGGCCCAAGCACACCCGCAUCUCCGAGCUGAAGGCUGAGGCCGUGAAGAAGGACCGCAGAAAGAAGCUGACCCAGUCCAAGUUUGUCGGGGGAGCUGAGAACACUGCCCACCCCCGGGUCAUCUCUGCACCUGAGAUGAGACAGGAAUCUGAGCAGGGCCCCUGCCGCAGACACAUGGAGGCUUCCCUGCAGGAGCUCAAAGCUAGCCCACGCAUGGUGCCCCGGGCCGUGUACCUGCCCAACUGCGACCGCAAAGGAUUCUACAAAAGAAAGCAGUGCAAGCCUUCCCGUGGCCGCAAACGUGGCAUCUGCUGGUGCGUGGACAAGUACGGGAUGAAGCUGCCAGGCAUGGAGUAUGUCGACGGGGACUUUCAGUGCCACACCUUCGACAGCAGCAACAUUGAGUGAUGUGUCCCCUCCCCAUUCUUCCCUCACCCCACCCCACCCCCAGCCCUGACUCCAGCCAGCGCCUCCCUUCACCCCAGGACGCCACUCAUUUCAUCUCAUUUAAGGGAAAAAGAAUACAUAUAUCUAUCUAUUUGAGGAAACUGAGGACCUCGGAAUCUCUAGCAAGGUCUCAACUUUGAAAAUGGCAACAACGGAGAUGCAAAAAGCUAAGGAGACCCCUCCCCUCUUUACAAUGGUUUUCUUUUUUGAGGCAAGUUGAAUGAACAGGGAAGGGAAGAGAGGACGAACAAGAGAAAGAGAAGGGAAGAAAGCAUAUGUGUAGAAGAAAGGGAAAGAUGAACAGAGUUGCGAGAAGGAAAAGAAGAACGUGGGCGGGAAGGAAAGAUCUUGGGGACCGUGGCUGGAUCCAUCUUUCAUGUGCAGCCCUGGCCCAAGUCGGGGAGACAUUUGGGCGCUAGAAGGUAUGGCCCAAGAUGUGGCAUUCGAUGACACACUUGGAGUUUUCCCAGUUUGGAUUGGUCACAGGAGGAGAAAGGAAAAGACAGAAGGUGUCAGUGCCUCUCUUGGAUCUGUCUCCUCCUCCAGCCAGCAAUUUGGCCGCUCGAACCCUCCUUCCUCUCCUCUCACCCCAGUAGAGUGUUCUCUCCCCCCAAAUUUACAAAAACUAAAAUGCAUUCCAUUCCUCUCAAAACAAAACGAAUAAUCAAGUGAUAUUAGAUAGAUAGGUUUCCCUAUGCAGAUACAUAAAUAUUAAUAUGUGUGCAUAUUCCACUCCCCAUGCAGACUUUUAGAAAUCUAUACACACCCCAAUAGUGGAAAGACUUGUUCUUCCCCGAGAGACUAAAACUGCCAGCUGAAGCAUGUGCUUUCAGCCCUCGAUGCAUUCAGUUCUCAACUAGCACGGCCUCCGUGGGGGAGGGUAGGCUGGAAAAAAAAAAAAAAAAAAUGUGAGCUUGUAUUUAUCUACAAGGCUCCAUAUAGUCAUAUAUAGGCAUAUAAAUCUCUUUUCUUUCUUUUUUCUUCCUUCCUUUCAAAGGUUUGCAUUAACUCUUCAAAGUAGUUUCUAUGGGGGCAUUGAGGAGCUUCCCCAUUCUUGGAAAACCAAGAAAACCCAUGUUCUUCUAACACGACCCAUAACACCAGUUUGGCCUGCCUCUCGUGAGCAGCAAACGCAACCCUUUGUGGGACACAAUGCUGGAGUUUUUGCGUGACUUCCCACGUGCACGUGUGUCCAUGCACACCACCCAGCCGGGUGGAGGAGGCACUUGGUUUGCACCCACCAUGCUGUCCAGUACAUCCCAAUUUAGCCUUCAGACUCUCCAGAAGUUUCCGUCUCUGGACCCCAUCCUAAACGAGCCCGACAGGUCCAAGUUUGACCUACUGGUCCUGGCCAACCUUCCCAUUUCAUCUGGGCAGAGCCUGCAUUUUGAAAGCCUCUCUCACUUCAUGCUGGCAGAGCAGGAGAGAGACUGAAAUGAGAGAUGGCAAAGAGGGAGAAGGAGCUGAAAACAGUUUAAACACAGGGAAACAGUAAAAGUGAUUGUUCAGGCCAGAGCAGAUGGAGUGAAGGGACCGGGGGCUGGAGGAACAGGGGGCUGACAGCCCCGUUUUAUCUUUGAAGCAAAGCAGCAGAAAGGGGGACAAAGCCAAGAGAAACUUCCUGGCUCCCCACCCUAGAAGCUCCCUGGGAUUCAAGAGGAAGGAGAGAGGAAAAUAAGGGGACAGGUUGUAAGGAAGAAAUGAGCUCAGUCCAGGCCUUAGAGACACAGAAGGUGGGAAACUUUAGGUGGGUUCUAGACUUAGUAACUGGACGCGAGCAAGGAUCAGUAGAGACUGGCUUUCGAAGGGACGAGACGAAGUGCUCACAUGCCCACCUUCACCCUUCCAUGAGGGACUGAGGCCAGGGAGUCUUUUAAGCUCUUCAUCCACUCUGGUCAGUUCAGGCUCCCUCCUGGGUGGAGGAUGGAAGAAAGGCCCAGGACAACCAGGGAAUGGACGCCUGGGAGGAGCUGUCAUGUGACAGCCACAUUCGGAACCAAGAAAAAUCCCAUUCUCCACUGACUUCCUCAACAAAUGGGUGACCUUGAGACUGUCCUCUGAGGCUGGAGAUAGCCUGCCAGGAAAGGGGGCUUGCACACUGGCAAGGAGACCCUUUAUCGCUGUGAGCGCAGCUCUCGCCACUCUUUUUCUGAUGCCAUGGCACCGUGGAGACCACCGCAACACUGAACUUGGGGCAACGAAGAGGGACAGCAAAGAAGCAAAUGUAUUCCCGCUAGCAGAAAACGUGCAGCUGUGGAACUGGGGGGAUGUCUCCUCUUCCCCCGAACAGGACCUUUGGCUGGGGAUGGGAGAGGUGGUCCGUCUUCGCGGCACAAAGGGCCUGACGGGACUGGCAGCCACAAGGACUUACUGGACCUGCUGUGUCAGUGCACCCCCAUCUCUCUGUGCAACUGUCCCCAAACCCCCAACUCACAUUUCUAUGUCUUAGGCCAGUAUCAUGAAUCUUUCCCACUUACCUCUUCUUUCUGCCCAAUUUUUCCUUUGAAUCUUGAGCAGUCAUCUAACGGGAUCUGCCAAGUGGAUACUGGGGUGCCGUUACCCCUAAGAAAAGACUGAGCCAGGGACUGUAUACCCCAGCCCAAUCCCUCCCCAGACCUGGACCUGGCUCCUGAGCGGGCUCUCUCUUUCCCCCACUGUUUACUGGACUUUGAAUGGGCCUCUGCCCUUUCCAUGGGCUCUUUGCUCUCAGCCAUAAGAUGGGGAUUAUGGCCUGGUUUAACUCCACCAGUCUCUUCAGGUUUCCAAAGUUCAUGACGACUAACCCCAACCUGUGAGUCCCCAGUGCUUGCAGGGGGUGAUUCUGGUCAGCUGGCCAAUCCCUAGAGGACCCUGGACCUUCAUGACGGAUGGAACUAAACCUCUCAAAGGGGAGGUCUGGCCUGAGCCCAGAGUGGGGAGACCAUGGGGAGGGAGUCACUGAGGACAAUGGAGCCCGUCCCCUGGGCAGGGUGGGAGGGAGGGAAGGCAGGUGUGGAGCUGCCAGCCAGAAAGUCCUGAGCAGGCAUCUCCUUGGCUGCAGGUUCCCUGCUGGUCACUGAUUGCUCACCUAGAGCCCUUCGGCUCCAGGCUUUCUAUGGCCUCUAGUCUACAUGUUGCCUCUCCAGGAGGACAUCUCUUCCCAUCCCCCUUUUGACUCAUGCCUCACUCCAGUAGUGCAAACCAUACCCCACUGCUGCCAGGUGAUUGAUGGAGGCCCAGCCAGGACGGAUCGUCCUCCCCCCAGAGCCACCCUACCCACCCUGGCAAAGCAAGGUGUCUAGGAAGGAAGAGAUGCAUAAGUGUCUCCGACAGCCAGGCCUGGACAGGCAGGCCUGGAGACAUUCAACCCCCACACGGGGUGGCCCAAGAAGGGGUGGCCCAAGAGGCCCUGUGUGGUCCCACCUCCUCUCCUCUCCUCUCGCCCAUUUUCCCAUCACCAACUUGGUGGUCUCCACUGUAACCCUGCAGGGUCAACCUCCUCUGAGGGAGAUGGGCCACAACCACCCUUCUGCCUCCUAGCUCUUUAGCAGCCACCGGCUGCCAUGGCAACCACCAAGCCCCCCUCUACAGGGGACAGUGCUCCCCCUCUCCACGGCUCAGCCCCUAGCUCAGAAUGGGAACUCCGGAGGAGUGGGCCAGGGAGAAGCUGCCCUCUGGGCUCACCGAGGACAGGACGGCUGUGGCUUCCAAGAGAAAGGAAGCUACGCUCUGAGAAGUGGUGGGGCCAAGGGAAUGGGCUUUUACCAGCCAGCAACCUGGGCGUUGUACUGUCUUUAUUUUUAAAACCACUAAAGUGCAAGAUGUAUUUUGCACUUUUCUUCACUUUUUUUUCUCUUAGGUUUUGUGUCUUUUUUUAAACAUGCUUUCUUGGUUUUCUAAUGGAGUAUAUAGUUUAGCCAUCUCCACAGACUCUGGCCUCCUCUCUUUAAACUCCUUUUGGAUGGGGAAAGGGAAGGUGGGAGGGCUGGCCGCCCUGCGCCCACUCCCCCCACUUCUCUGGUCCCCAGACACCAGCCUGAGUCCCACCUGCCACCACCACUGUCACACAGUAGCCCACACGGAUAGACAGUUGUCAGACAAGAUCCUUCAGAUUCCGAGUUGCCUGCCGGUUUGUGUUUUUGGUUUUUUUUUUUUUUAAAGACAGCAAUAACCACAGCACAUAUUACUGUAGUUCUUGAUAGUUUUACAUACAUACAUACCAUAGCUCUAUUUUCUCCUCUUUUUUGUUUUCAACUUUUUUUUUAAAUAAAUGCUCAUAAUCUUUACUGGUGAAAACGAUGGGAAAACAAACCAACAAACAAAACCAGUUUGUGGUGACAAAAAAAAAAAAAGCGGGGAAAAAAAAAUCACCUGAAUGCGGAAGAACUCGCCUCCUGUUUAGCAUUUUGUACCUAAGGAAAUAAAAAAGGAAAAAACA